AUGAGAGACACAAAGCGAGCUCAGAACCUCCUGAAAAACGAAGAAGAAUUGAUAGAAACCGGCCUUGAAUUCGAUAAACCACCACUCAACCCUUCCUUGAAUGAUAAGCACGAACUAGAUGUACCCGUAGUUGCACUGGUUAGAAACCCGCACCAUACUAGACCCGGUGUGAACCUGGCCUUGUGGACAAGCACACACGAAGUACUUCUGGAAGAAGUUGAGGGUCUUGACUCUCGACUGGAAAAUUGUCUUGUAGACGCUCUACGGACAUCAAUUUCAAACUCGACUUCUAUAUACUGCGCCCAUGGAAAGCUUCCUGCUGUUUAUUCGCAAACACACCUGAAAAGAGGCCCGGACGCUCAGACUCGAUUCUACGUCCUCGAGACAAGAAUACUCUGGAUAAAUUCUGCUGAAAUAAGAUAUACAAUACCCGACUUUGCGUUGAAGGCACUGUGGCAGUACUACAAAACACAGCUUGAUUUGCCCGAAGACUCAAGCUACCCCCCGCACCCACUCCCAAAAUUAUACCCCCAUGUAGAACCGCCACAGCUAGGCCUAAGUGAUUUUUAUGACAAUGUCCAUGUCCCGCCAACACAACAACAUGUACCGCAGAUCGAAGGAUUGGACCUGAUAAGGUGUUCCUUGUUUCCAUUCCAGAAACGAACUGUCAGCUGGUUACUGACAAGAGAAGGCAUGGACAUUUUACCUGAUGGAACUUUACGUCCACGGGAAGUUUCUGAAGAAAUUCCACUAUCUUUUAGCCGGGUGCUAGAUGCAGAUGGCCGACCUUGCUAUGUUAGCCUACUCUUCAGAGUAGUCAUCAGGAAUCUAUCCUCGUGGAACCAUGCAGAAAGACGCUUGAGGGGAGGCAUUCUUGCCGAGGAAAUGGGACUGGGAAAGACUGUGGAAAUGCUUUCUCUGAUAUGCGCCCACCAGCGACCCGACAUAAUCAAUGGAUCAUAUCCCCCCACUCCAGCAGGGUUGCUUGAAUCCAGAGCAACAUUGAUAAUAACACCACCUUCGAUUUUGAAGCAGUGGCAACAAGAGAUCGCUAUUCAUGCCCCAGGUCUUAGAGUCAAACAUUAUACGGGGCUUAAAAAGAGCAAGGUAGAUGACAGGGAACUGACACACGAUCUGGCCUCCUAUGACAUAGUCCUUAUGACUUAUAAAGUUCUAAACACAGAAAUAUAUUAUGCAGAGGACCCUCCUGACCGGCCCUCCCGUCACGCUAAACAAGCUCCUAAAAGGAAAUCUCCCUUGAUGCAAAUAUCCUGGUGGCGUGUAUGUAUUGAUGAAGCUCAAAUGGUUGAAUCUCAGUCUAGCAAACCUGCGAGGGUUGCUAGGAUUAUUCCACGAUGUAAUGCAUGGGCUAUGACUGGUACCCCAUUGCGAAAGGAUAUCGAAGAUAUAUAUGGUCUAUUGUCGUUUUUACAUUAUGAACCUUUCUGCCUCUCAGCAAGCAUCUGGAAAAGAGUUUGCACAUACCCUCCCGUCUUUAAAUCGAUGAUUCGAAAGAUUGCCCUCAGACAUAACAAAGAAAUUGUCUCCCGUGAGCUUCGGCUGCCCAAACAAAAGAGAGUCGUUAUCACCAUUCCAUUCACUGCCGUGGAAGAACAGCAUUACGACCAGCUCUUCCAACAAAUGUGCGAAGAGUGUGACUUGGACAGAUCUGGCACUCCCAAGUCAUUCGAAUGGGAUGCGCAGUUAAUACAGCCCCAGACACGGGCCGUUAUCGCUAAGAUGAGGUCGUGGCUAUCAAGACUCAGGCAAGCCUGUCUUCAGCCUAAAGUUGACACUGCCACCGCAAGAACCCUUGGAAGUAAUGGACCGCUUCGAUCUGUUGCUGACGUGCUGGCGGUUAUGAUUGACCAAAAUGAAACCAAGAUACGGACAGAGGAGCGUACACUUCUCAUAUCCCAGAUCCGAAGGGGCCAGAUAAUGGAAAAUGCCCUGAGACCAAGGGAGUCCUUGGAGAUUUGGAAAGACGCAGCGAGGAGAUCAGGCUUAAUUGUCAAGGGAUGUCGAGAUCAACUCGAUGAAGAGCUCAAAAGGCGGGCCGAAGUUGCAAAGGAGAGUGUAACGAAAAACGAAGUCAAUGGCGAUGACAAUGAAGAAGAUGAAGAUAGCGGCGACGAUGAAUCCGAGAAUGAACUGCUUAACAGGCUGGGAGUGCUUCGUCAUCGGCUUCGAACCGCUCUAGAAAUUGAACAUAUGUGUGAAUUCUUCAUGGCCAACGCUUAUUACCAGAUUAAAACGGACCCUGAGAUUACCGAGCCUGACUCUGAUAGUUUCCGCGAAUUAGAAAAGCAGGAAGAAAACGGGUACGAAGUUGCGAAACUGAUCAGAAGAGAAAUGCUUGCAGAUACGAUUCAAAUGGUCAAUGGACAAAUCAACCGUCUCAAAGCCAAGGUGCAAAAGGACGGAGUAUUCCAUGUUCCUACAAUGUCUAUAGCCUUACACUCUGUCGGCAUAGAAAGUCGACGUUUACUGGAUCAAGUUGAAGAUUUCUGCGAUGCUAUGAAACCUCAUACCGAUACAUUCAACAAGUGGCUGGACCACAUGGCACAGCUGCUUUUACAAGCGCUGGUCGACGAAGAAGAAGGCUCGGAACUGAAAGGUGACGAAUAUGAAUCAUCGACGAAACACCAGGACGAAAUGUACGUUUACAUGGAAGGCCUUCGAGUUAUGUUUGCAAGACAUUUUGCCGCAAUUACUGGCCAGGUGAAUAACUUGAUCACGCACGAAGUCGGCGUUGCCAUGGAAAGGGCAAAAAUGGGUGAAGGCCCCGCUCCAGAACUAUACAUUUCUCUUAUAAAUAAGUGUGAGGAGCUAAAACUGCCUCGUGGACAGCUUUCAUUGAGAGGACUUGUGAAUGAACUUCGCAACUUAGUUGUGUCUUUGGAACGGCAAGAAAUACAAGGGAGUUCUAGGGCCCGCGCAGAGCAAUUGAUCGUCAAGGACAUAUUGCGUGAAGUGAGCAAGUUGUUUUCAGUUCAAUCAAAGGCCAUUCCUCCCUUAGAAAAGCAAAUGGAGCUUUUCAGAAGUGUUAUGAACAAGAGGCUUGAAUAUUAUCGUCAGCUCCAACAGAUUUCAGAUACAGUCGCACCAUAUGAUGAAGACCGAAAGGGGAAACCUUUGAAUGAAGAAGACUUUGUCACUAAGCUAGAGGCUGAAAAGGAAAUUGACUCCAAGCUCUCGUCCUUGAAAGCAAAGCACCGAUACCUUCUCCAUCUCCGUGAUGAAUCUGGUACAGAUGAAAACACAAGAGUCUGCAUCAUCUGUGAUUCUACAUUCGAUAUUGGUUCGUCUGCUAACUCCUUAUCCCUUGACUCAAGUCAAAUUCUCAAACUAAACGAUUUCUAA